AUGUCAUCGAGCGUUGUUUUUAUCAUCAAUGCGCUGGAAAGUAUUGGUGCAAAUAAGGAAUGCAGAAGGAAUAAAAAGCUAAAAGAGAGCGUUCACAAAGCCUUAGGAUCAAUAAAACAAAAAGACGCGGAAGAUACAACAGGCGAUGCCGAUAUCAUCUUCGAACCAUUUCAACUAGCAUGUCAGGCGAAGGUCGCUCCCCUCAUGAUCACGUCACUUGACUGCAUAGGAAAACUUUUCUCGUACAAUUAUUUCAUAGAAUGCAAUAAACCUCACACCCCCGCAAGCGAAAAGAAACAGCAAGAUGAAGAGGAUAAAAUUGAUCCCGAAAAACCUUUGAUAGAUCGGGCGAUUGAUGUCGUGUGCGAUUGCUUCGUCGGGGAAAACACCGGUGAUCAAGUGCAAUUACAGAUAAUCAAGGCACUCCUUGCGGCUGUGUCCUCAACGGUCACUCCUAUUCAUCAGUCUUCUCUUCUCAA